UCGGCGCCCGCGGUCCAUGGACCGGAACCUCGGGCCGACGGGCAGGAACCCCGGCCGCGAUCGCCGCCUCCCCGCCCCAGGCUCCUCCUCCUCGCUCCCCACCGCCUCCUCCGGACGCCCGCAGGCCCCGCACCCCAGCCGCCGGGCUCGCGGAGCUGCCCCGGGAAGCUGGGUGGCGGGUUCGCGGCUACCGCCGGACUGAGGCCUACUCCGCCGCCUCUCAGUGCUAUUGUCCCUGGCCUGGCCCCGACUGGGUCCGCUGGGGAGGGCCGAGUGCGCCGGCUUCAAGGAAGAUGCCGGACCAAGCCCUACAGCAGAUGCUGGACAGAAGUUGCUGGGUGUGUUUUGCCACUGAUGAAGAUGAUAGAACAGCUGAAUGGGUGAGACCAUGCAGAUGCAGAGGAUCUACAAAAUGGGUUCACCAGGCUUGUCUACAACGCUGGGUGGAUGAAAAACAAAGAGGAAACAGUACAGCCAGAGUGGCAUGUCCUCAAUGCAAUGCUGAAUACUUAAUAGUUUUUCCAAAGUUGGGUCCAGUUGUUUACGUCUUGGAUCUUGCAGAUAGACUGAUCUCAAAAGCCUGUCCAUUUGCUGCAGCGGGAAUAAUGGUUGGCUCUAUCUAUUGGACAGCUGUGACUUAUGGAGCAGUGACAGUGAUGCAGGUUGUAGGCCAUAAAGAAGGUCUGGAUGUUAUGGAGAGAGCUGAUCCUUUAUUUCUUUUAAUUGGACUUCCUACUAUUCCUGUCAUGCUGAUAUUAGGCAAGAUGAUUCGCUGGGAGGACUAUGUGCUUAGACUAUGGCGCAAAUACUCAAAUAAACUACAAAUUUUGAAUAGUAUAUUUCCAGGGAUUGGUUGUCCUGUUCCUCGAAUUCCAGCUGAGGCUAAUCCUUUAGCAGAUCAUGUCUCUGCUACCCGAAUUUUGUGUGGAGCCCUUGUCUUUCCUACUAUUGCAACAAUAGUUGGUAAAUUGAUGUUCAGUAGUGUUAACUCUAAUUUACAAAGGACAAUCUUGGGUGGAAUUGCUUUUGUUGCCAUAAAAGGAGCAUUUAAAGUUUACUUCAAACAGCAGCAAUAUUUACGUCAGGCACACCGCAAAAUUCUAAAUUAUCCAGAGCAAGAAGAAGCAUAAAACUGUGACUUCUAGUUCUUCAGUCUUCUCAUCCUUAUGAAUCUCUUGUCUUGUUUUGAUUCCAUCAUUAAUGCACUUGUGGAGACUUGUGAUAAGCUGCUGCUCCUAUAUUUUUUAAGAAAUGUAAUAAAGCACUUAGGGCAGGGGAAAUUGUUUCAGUAAUCACGGAACCUAAGGAUGUGAUUUGUUUUCAUUGUUUUGUAUGUACUUCUUUUAUGGCAGCCAUCUGAACCAUUAUCUUAGCAUGGUAAACCUGGGUUUUGUUCAUAUUUCCUCCAGACAGAAAUGUAAAGGUCAAACUGUGCAAAUAUUAAAAAAUGCACAUGCUGUUUUAUUCAAAUGCCUCUUUUGUUCAUGUUCAGUGUUUUCUUAGCAUCAGCAACUCAAGGUACUAUGAGGAUUUUUCUCACUGGCAUAAUUUGAUUACAUACUAAACAGGAGCAUGUGUUAAUGAGGAAAUGUAAGCUAAUUGGUUAUAAAUGAAUAACAAACCAAAAAUGUGUGUAAACAUUCAAGUGAAUACCUGAACAAAUGAGAUUUUGUUGUGUUUUCCUUAAACCAAACCGUGUGAUGUCCUCCAAAAUGUGUAGGGUGAAAAUUCACAGGGCUUCCAGAUCACUUUUUCACUAUUAAAUUUUAUUUAUAUAA